UACGAAACUUAUCAAUAACUGGUGGACCUUAGUGCAAUAGCCAUCGCAAAUUGGUGUAUGAACUCAAUCGCUUCACAAGAGCCAGAGGAAGUUUUUUGAACUCAAUCAGCAUAGAUUUUAAAAGUUUUUUGAAUGAACACUCAAAUGCAGAUAACAGCUGAAGGAAAAUAGAAGACAGAAUAGAUGAUACAAUGGGAAGAAGUGAAUAUCUUUCAUUGUUUGAGAAUACAAGAGCCAGAGGAAGACUCAUUAACAGGCUAUUUGUUAUCUCUUUGUUUGUGGCUACAUGUUUCAUCUGGGUUUAUAGAUUAAGCUACAUACCCAAAAAUGGUGAAGGUGGGAAAUGGGCAUGGCUUGGUUUGCUUGGAGCAGAACUAUGGUUCUGCCUCAACUGGCUCUUUCAUCAAGCCGUCUGCUGGAACCCGGUGUACAGAAAAAAUUUCAAGAAUAGGCUCUCUCAAAGAUAUGAGAGUACGUUGCCGGGAGUGGAUGUCUUUGUGUGCACUGCAGACCCUGAUAUUGAGCCACCAUUGAUGGUGAUGAAUACAGUGUUAUCAGUUAUGGCUUAUGACUAUCCAGCUGAGAAGCUCAGUGUGUAUCUCUCGGAUGAUGCUGGGUCAGACAUCACUUUCUAUGCUCUUUUAGAGGCGUCCAACUUUGCUAAGCAUUGGGUGCCAUUCUGCAAGAGAUUCAAAGUGGAACCAAGGUCACCUGCUGCUUAUUUUAAGUCAGCAACUUAUCCAAGAGACCAUGUUCAUGCCAAAGACUUGGUAGCCAUCAAGGAAUUAUACGAAGAUAUGAAAAGGCGAAUUGAAGAUGCAGCCAAGUUUGGAAGAGUACCAAGCAAAGCACGCUCUAUGCAUAAUGGGUUUUCUCAGUGGGAUUCCUAUGCUUCUCGACGUGACCAUGACACAAUCUUACAAAUAGUACUCCAUAAAAUGGACCCGCAUAAGUCAAAAGAUGUAGAUGGCUUUAUUUUGCCAACUUUGGUGUAUUUGGCUCGUGAGAAAAGACCCCAAUAUCACCACAACUUCAAAGCUGGAUCUAUAAAUUCUUUGAUAAGAGUGUCUUCAAAGAUUAGCAAUGGAAAAAUCAUUCUGAGUUUAGACUGUGACAUGUACUCAAACAGCUCCCAAUCAGUGAGAGAUGCUCUUUGUUUUUUGAUGGAUGAAGAGAAAGGCCAUGAAGUUGCUUUUGUUCAGUUUCCACAAAGUUUUGAGAAUCUUACUAAGAAUGAUUUAUACAGCAGUGCUAUGAUGAUACACAUGGAGGUGGAAUUUCCCGGUCUAGACAGUUGUGGUGGCCCUUUGUAUAUUGGAACUUGCUGUUUUCUUAGGAGAGACGCUCUAUGUGGGAAGAAGUUCAGUGAUCAAUACAAGAAUGAUUGGAGCGAUGAAGAGAAUGAAUCUUUUAUAGAAGUGAAGUUGCAUGAACUGGAAGCAAAAGCAAAGGCUGUAGCAAGCUGCAUCUAUGAGGAAAACACUCUAUGGGGGGAAAAGAUGGGAGCAAGAUAUAAGUGUCUUGUAGAGGAUGUGAUAACAGGGUUGUCAAUACAGUUGCAAGGAUGGAAAUCAGUGUACUACAACCCACCAAGGAAGGCUUUCUUUGGUUUAGCUCCAACCACCUUGCUUCAAACACUUAUUCAGCAAAAGAGAUGGGCUGAAGGCGAGUUACAAAUAUUUCUUUCCAAGUACAAUGCAUUGUGGUACGGCCAUGGAAAGAUCAGUUUUCGCCUCCGAAUGGGAUAUUGCCUCUAUAACUUAUGGGCAACAACCAGUUUGCCAAAGCUAUAUUACUCCAUGAUCCCUUCACUUUAUCUCCUUAAAGGCAUCCCCUUGUUUCCUAAGAUGUCUAGCCCAUGGUUCAUACCUUUCGCAUAUGUACUACUCGGGGGAGGUGCUUCCAGCUUGAUUGAGGUUCUUAGCUGUGGAGGCACAGUCCAAGGUUGGUGGAAUGACCUAAGGAUGUGGCUCUACAGGGGAACAAGCUCUUACCUAUUUGCUUUUAUAGACACAGUCUUGAAGUACUUUGGACGUUCAGAUUCACCCUUUCAAGUCACAGAUAAGAUCAUAGAAGAUGAUGUUUCCCAACGUUACCAGAAAGAAAUUAUGGAGUUCGGAACUUCCUCUCCAUUUUUUGUUAUACUAGCAACGCUGGCAUUGCUGAAUUUGUGUUGUUUGCUUGGUUUUUUAAUGGAGUUGGUCAUCAGCGAAACUAUGGAGAAAAUGGUGUUGCAAGGUGUAUUGUGUGGGUUUCUAGUUCUCAUUAAUUUUCCUAUAUACCAAGGCCUUUUCUUAAGGAAGGACAAGGGAAAAUUGCCUGGCUCUGUUGCUAUUAAAUCUACAGCAUUAGUUCUGAGUACAUGUGUUCUCUUCAAAAAUAUUACCUGACUAAAUUAUAGUAGUUUCUGCUUUUACCUUUUAGUUAGAAAAUAUAAAUUCACAAUUACCAUGUAUUAUUUUGCUGUAAUGUUUAAUUUUCAGAGGAAAGGAUGGAAAUAGGUUGGGCUGA